CCUACACAUCUCCGCUCGUCGACAUCUUCUGUGCCAACAGAGGAUACAUGCUUCGACCUCCAAUCAAUAUACCGAGACACAAAAGACCGUUCAAGCCCGAUUCGUUCAGUACUCGUUAAAACUUGCCCAACAUGGCCGCCGGUGUUGUCAAUAUUCGUCGUGAUGUCGACGACAAGUUCUACCGCUACCGCAUGCCCGUCCUCCUGACAAAGAUUGAGGGCAAGGGCAAUGGUAUAAAAACCGUGAUCCCCAACAUGUCCGACGUGGCCCGGGCGCUCAGCCGUCCGCCCACGUACCCCACCAAGUUUUUCGGCUGCGAACUCGGCGCCCAGACCUCUUUCGAUGAGAAGAACGACCGCUACAUCGUUAAUGGUGCGCACGACGCAACCAAACUCCGUGAGCUGCUCGACGGCUUCAUCGAGAAGUUUGUGCUCUGCAAGUCCUGCAAAAACCCUGAGACGGACCUCAUCAUCACCAAGAAUGAUGAUAUUAUUCGCGACUGCAAGGCCUGCGGCGAACGCACCGCCGUAGACAUGCGUCAUAAGCUCACCACCUUCAUCGUCAAGAACCCACCGAAGAACCCAAAGAGGAUCAAGGCCUCCAGGAAGGGCACCGCAGACGGCAGCCCGAGCCCUGCUAACGGGCACGAGAAUGGACAUUCGACACCCGAGGUCGAUGCAGGCGGGGAGAGCGACGAUGAGCUGACCAGGCGCAUCAAAGCUGAGGCGGCAGAGCUCAACACAGACGCUGUCGCCAUUACCAAGGAGGAUUGGUCUGUCGACACCUCCGAGGAAGCUGUCAAAGCCCGUGUCAAGGCUGUGGGCGCGAGCUUGGCUGCCGUGUCCCUUAGCGCAGGAGGAGACGAAGAUAGUGAUGAUGAUUUCGACAGCCCGUAUGCGCAGCUCGGUCGCUGGGUCGAGGACAGCGAGUCUCUUGGCCCGGUCGAGGUGUACAAGAAGGCAGAGGAUCUUGGCAUUGCGAAGAAACAUAAGACUGUCCAGGUGCUCGCUCAAGUCCUCUUCAGCGAUGACAUCCUCGCCGAGUUGCCGAAGUAUGCGCCUCUGUUUAAGAAGAUGGUCACUUCCGAGAAACACCAAAAGUCAUUGCUAGGUGGCAUCGAGCGCCUUGUCGGCGUGGUCCACUCCGAGAUUGACCUCAACAACACCGUCCCGAAGAUCCUCAUGGCAUUCUACCAGGCAGACAUUCUCGAGGAGGACAUCAUCAAGCAGUGGGGCACCCAUGUCAGCAAAAAGUACGUCGAUCGGGACACGAGCAAGAAGGUCCGCAAGGCCAGUGAGCCAUUCUUGAAGUGGCUCGAUGAGGCGGAGGACAGCGACGACGAUGAUGAGUGAUUGUUUUGCUAUCGUGUUACUUAGUCUUGCAUAUGUCUGUCCUGCUUUGUGAUGUUAUGAAUUGUACC